AUGGCAAUCACCCGAGUGGCUGUGGCAGGAGGCACUGGUAAUCUUGGCCCGGCUAUUGUUAACGGCCUGCUCGAGGCUGGCUUCCAACUCACAGUUUUGAGUCGCUCCUCCUCCCAUCAAUUAGACCCGCGAGUCCAAGUGCAGGUGGUCGAUUACAACUCACUUGAUUCACUGGUAGCGGCUCUGAGAGGCCAGGAUGCCUUCAUCAAUGUCUUGCCAACAGGUCCAGUCUCGAGGGACGUUCACUUGCGGGUCAUCGAGGCUGCCGUUGCUGCUGGGAUCCAAAGAUUCAUACCCUCGGAGUUUGGCUGUGAUACAUCAAAUUCGGCGACAAGUCAACUGCCUGUUUUUGGAGAUAAGGUCGCAGUGAUCCAGCGGCUACAGGAGUUGGCGACGCCUGGCAGCACGCUCAGUUAUACCGCGGUAAUUACAGGUCCUUUCUUCGAUUGGGGUCUCGAGAAAGGCUUCAUCGUGAACUUAAAGGGACCAUCAACUGCGGUCUAUGAUGGUGGAGAUGUGCCCUUCAGUACAACCACGCUUAGGGGCAUCGGUCGGGCUGUAGUCGGGGUGCUCAAGCGGCCGGAACAGACUAAAAACCGACAUAUCUAUGUCGCAGAGGCCAACGUGACACAAAAUCAGUUGCUGAACUGGUCAGGGAAAGGCGAUCAGCUUGAACGAACGCCGGUGAAGACUGAAGAUCUGGAGAAACAGGCAUAUGAGGCGCUCCAGCAGUCCCCUCCUGAUAUCCCGACUUUUGCUCGCAAUCUGAUCCGGCGAGCCAUCUUCGGGGGCAAAUACGGCACUCAUUUCACCAAGGUGGAUAAUGAAAUUGUGGGAGUGUCCCAGUGGACUGAAUCCGAGAUUGUGAAUCUGGUCAAGAAGUAUGUGUAA